AUGUCGAACCGUGAAGCAAGUAAAGUGUAUGAGUCCAUCGUGGAGUCUGUUAUAAACGAAGUUAGAGAAGAUUUUGAAAAUGCAGGUAUUGAUGAACAAACUUUACAAGAUUUGAAACGAAAUUGGAAAUUGAAAUUGUCAGAGACUAAAGUCACCACAUUCAAUUGGGAUACGGAGGUUAUGGAUACGCAUAACAGUAAUUUCAUGAUUAAAGAAGAACAACAGCAGAGUGAAUUAGAUCAAGGUUUAAUUUUACCGGGACUAGAGAGUAAUACCUUAAAUUUAAAUCCAACUCCAAAUGAUAAUAACAACGCCGGUUAUGGUAAUAAUGGUAGUAAUAAUAAUAGUAAUAAUAAUAGUAAUAAUAAUGAUAAUAAUAAGGAUGAUAAUACGAUAUUUGAGCCUUCUACGACGACAAAGAUAAAACAGGAAAAUGACAAUGAAGAUUCUCAAGGAAAUGGUAUAAGUCCUGGUGAAAACGACUCAUCAAAACAGGAAAUAACUCUGGAAGUAGACGAUCCAAGUGGUAAAAUAGCAGAGCAGAUACGAUUACAGGAAAAGAAAGCGAAAAGAAGUGCACUUCUAGAUACUGAUGAAGUUGGUUCCGAAUUGGACGAUUCAGAUGAUGAUUAUUUGAUUUCUGAAGGUGAAGAUGACGGUCCUGACGAAAAUCUAAUGUUGUGUCUCUAUGAAAAAGUUACCAGAACCAAAGCAAGAUGGAAAUGUUCUUUAAAAGAUGGUAUCGCCACGAUCAAUCACAAGGACUAUACUUUUCAAAAAGCUCAGGUAGAAGCUGAAUGGAUUUAG